UCAAAGCAGACAUGUCAGACUGCAUCUGGCUGUCUAAACAGGUGAUAUUUCAGAAUGAGGAGCGCUGCAGUUUUUCUGGCGUUGUUGCUCUGUCUGCAAUGGACGUGGGCUCAGGGUGAGAGUGGAGAGGUGACGGGGACAGACGCUGAGACAGAGGGGGGAAACAGGCAGGAAGAGGUUCACUUUGAGAUACAGGGUGUCGGAGCAGCCCAUGAUCAGAGCAGCAGCCAGACCAACAUCAGCCCUGACAUCUGGGCUGAGCUAAAGGAGCUGAGAGACAUGGCCAUCGAACACAGGAGCAAGAUAGAGAAGCUGGAGCAAGAGAAUGCAGCCACACAGGCCAGACUGACAGCCAGUGAAAGCAAGAAUGCAGUUUUGGAGGCCAGAAUGAGCUCCUAUGAAGACGUGGUCAAGACACUCCAGAGAGAGAACAAAGUACUGGGGGCCACAGUAACCGCCAGCAACAACAAGGUGGAGGACCUCAGGAGAGACAACACAGUUUUGGAGUCCAGAGUGAACACCAGUGAAAAUUUAGUGGCGGAGCUCAGGAGAGAAAACAUGGGUAUCUUCACAGCCCCAGUCAGAGGAGUCUACUACUUCAGAUUCACACUGUGGAGGUCUGCUCUUCAGCUUGGACCGGUGCUUAUCUCUAUCACAAUGAGAAGAGAAUGACGUAUAGUUUUGAUCUAAAUGAUAACCGCUGUGUCUCUGUGUCUAAUGCAUUAAUUCUUCAACUGGAAAAGGGAGAUGUGGUCUACUUGACUCUCUACCCAGGCAGUGGUGUUUUUGA